UUUGUAUGUCCAAUGUAAAUGUAAACAGAUCUACUCGAUGGUAAUGUUUAAAGGGGACAUCAAUAUCUUUUACGAGGCCGAUAUUGAAGCUUUCAAAUUCGUUAUCUCUCCUUGAUGCUUGUUAAGAAAAAAAAAAACAUGUCUUUUAAGUAAAGAAUCAACAUUGUUCCUGUAAUUAUUGAGACUCACUUUCAUUGAUGAAAGGUGGGUGGUGGCAGCUAGUGGCUAUCGUACCAGUGCUUUUUUUCUUUGGUGGAGCGUGGAAACGAAAGGGAAAGGAGAACAAGGCCUAAAAGAGAUAGGGUUAUUAAUGGGUUAAAUGGAUCGUGGGCUAUACAAAUUAAACAGAUAAAUUUUACUAUCAAGUUUAUUAACAUAUAUUAGAUUUUUCUUAAAAUAAUAGGUAGGGAGGGUUCUAACCACUCUUUAUACGUACAUUAUCGGAAUUGGAAUUGGAAUUGAAUGAAUGGAGCAGGGCAAAGAACACCCGGCGGCGGUUGAUUCAGAUCCUAAUCAUGUUGCUGCUAAUGUUGUAGUUGCUCCUCCUCUUCCACCCACCAUUACAAAUCCAGUUUUCAAUAAUGCCAAGAGGGCUGCACACGAGGAGCCUCAACAAGUUAUGUGUACUAAGAAGCACAAGACUGACGUCCAAAGCAAUUUUAUGGAAUAUCAACAUCAUUGCCAACAUAACAAGGCUGAAGUACCUUUAUGUACAAAGUCAUCAACUACACAAUCUGCAAAGCAAGAAAACACCAGCUCUAAUCAGUUUCAACAAGAUGAUGAAGAUUAUAAUUCCAAGAUGAAGAAUAGCCAACAUAUAACUUUAAAGAGAAGUGUAUCGGUUGAUAUGCCCCCAGAUAAAAAGUCAAUGGCCACCACACAAGAUUCACACAAAGGUAGCAUCUCUAAUGAGCUUUUGGAAGAUGGAGAUGAAACUUUCAAGGAGAUUUACGAGCAUACCCCAGAUAACAUUGCUCUCAAACUUAAUAACAAGUUACUUGAUCAUUCAGAGAGGCUUGAUUUGGCAAUAGAAAGGACAAUACACCCUGCGACAACUUCUCAUGCCACCGGAUCAAAAACUUUGUAUCUUGGCAAUUUAAGUUUUGCAGUUGAAGAAGACGAUGUAAGGGACUUCUUCAAAGAUGUUGGUGAAAUUGCUGCAAUACGUUUUGCCAUUAGAGAUGACCGAUUUUUGGGUUAUGGGCACAUUGAGUUCACCACUUCUGAAGCUGCUCAAGAGGCUCUCAAACUAAAUAAGGAGGUGCUAUAUGACCGGCGAGUUAAACUUGAUUUGGCUAGGGAACGAGGUACCUACCCUCCGGGUAACAGCAUGGUGAAGUAUAAUUCAACGGGAGGCCAGGCUCAGAGAAAAACCGUAUUUGUACGGGGAUUUCGUUCUAGUGAUGGUUUUGACAUUAUUGGCAGUGCACUUGAAAAGCAUUUUAGAAAAUGUGGAGAGAUUUCACGCCUGGCAAUACCCAAAGAUUAUGAUGGGGCUCCUAAAGGAAUUGCUUUUAUCGACUUUGUGGACACUAUUGGGUUCCGUCGAGCUUUGGGACUUGAUGGAUCUGUAGUCAGUGGAAACAGGCUAACUGUUGAGGUAGCCAAUAAAAGUGAUGUUCGUGAAGGAUCUGGAUGUGGAGGACGCGGUUGGAGUCUCAAAAGUGGCUCUAGUGGCGGUUGGGUUAGAGAAAAUGGUUCUGGUUGGGGUAGAGGAAAUGGCUCUAUUCGUGGCUGGGGUAGAGAAAUCGGUUAUGCUGGCGGAGUGGGUAGAGAAAGUAUAUUAGGUCCUGGACCAUGUCGAGAAAGUGGCUCAGCUAGUGGCUGUGAAAAAUGCUUUGCUAGCAGCUCGUGUCGAGAAAGUGCUCCUGCUAGUACCUCACGACCAGAAAGUGGCUCUGCUAGCACCUCGAGUAGAGAAAGUUGCCACGGUAGCAGCUUGCUCAGAAAAAUUGAUUUUGAUGGUGGCCCACGUAGAAGAAACUGUUUUGGUAGCGGCCCACCUAGAGGAAAUGGUUUUAAUAGCGGCCCACCUAGAGGGAUUGAUUUUUGUAGCGGCCCACCUAGAGGAAAUGGUUUUGGUUGCGGCCCACCUAGAGGACGUGGCGUUGGUAGGAGCUGGCAUGCAGAAAUUGGCUUUGGUAGAGGCUCAGGUAUAGAUAUUAGGUCCGAUAGCAGCUGGCAUAGAGAAAGUAGUUCCAGGAUCGGUCGGUGUGGUGUAAGUGGCUAUGGUCGUCAUGACAGGGGAAGAUAAAGUUUGGCAGUGUAGAAUCUGUUUGUGGUUGUAUUGGUUAUGGUGGUGGUGCAUGGAGGAUAGCAGCUGUAGGUUUAGUGAUAGCUAUGGUAGUAACAGGGUUAAAAUUAUUGAAUUGUAACCAAUUGUGUUGAAUUUCAGUGCUUUGGAUGAUCUAUGGAAAUACCCUAUUUUUUUC